AUGGAUGAAGACGAACCAACUAGUCUCCCCGGGAAUAAUGGUCCAAUUGAAGAAGAAAAACCAACUAGUCUCCCCGGGAAUAAUGGCCCAAUUGGAGAAGAAAACCCAUAUAAUAACCUAACCCAGGACCAGGAAUUUCCCAUUUAUCAACAAAAACAGCUCAAUCUAGGCGAAUCAGCCAAUGAAAAUAAUCACGCAAGAUUGUCAAUUACCAGCACUAGCACAACUUUACAGCUGAAAUUACCCGCACAGCAACAAUCUACUACAAUUCACCCUGAUUUCCAGUAUAAUAAGCAUAAUGAGUCAAUUUUCGAUGACGAGAGAUUGUUUCCCUGCUUACCCACUAAUAACAACCAGGAGGAUGAUCUCGUUAAAUUCGAGGAGAGAAAUCAAGAGCUAAUCAUCAACCAUGCAACAAUCAAGGCAUUGGUUGUACAAAUGACUUCUCCCGAAGUAAUUGACUAUAACUUGAUUUGUGAUUUUUUCCUAACUUAUAGGAUUUUUUCCAAUAGUGACGAAAUCAUGAAUUUGCUAUUAACGCGGUUGAUCUGGGCUUUGCAGUAUAUUAACUCAGAUAGCCUAGCAAACGUCAAGAUUGGGAAAUUGGUUUUGCUUCGAACAUUUGUGGUUUUGAGGCACUGGAUUAUAAACUAUUUUGUUGAUGAUUUCAAUAGUAAUACUCCAUUAUGUGACAAGUUUUCCACCACCUUAAACAGCAUUGUUUUGGACUCUAAUCUAAUAAGUAUGGAAAAUUACUCAAGCCAGGAUAAUUUCUUAUUUGUUAUAAAGAUAUUCGGUGAUUUGAAAUCUCACUGGUUAAGUUUAAUCAAUGAAUUUUGGCUUUUGAAUAUUGAUAUGGAGUCACUAAUUAUCAGCAAAAGUAUAUUUGAUUAUCAUCUACCUUUGUUAAGAGAUGUCAACAACAAUAGUAAGAAAAUUUCUAAAUCAAAUACAGAAUUGUCCAUACAUACCAAUCCUUCUUAUCGUCGGUCCGCAAUGCUUUCACUUUAUGAUCAGAAAAUACACCACAAGAUGCUUAUAUUUGAUGAAAACUCAAACCAAGAAGAAAAUCCUCAAUUUUCAAUUAAUAACUUGUUGUUACAACAUCAAUCAUCAAGACUUUCCAUUAAUAAUAAAAUUCAAGAAAUUCAGCAGCAAAAGAAAUUAGUUAAAUCGCCUACACUUUCUACAUUAUUUGCUAAAACAUCGCCGACUAAUAAUAUUAAUAAUACUACUAAUAUCACCGCCACCACCACCACCACCACCACCACCACCACUCCUCUUGCCGCUGCUGCUGCUUUCACUCAAAAUUUUUCAAAUAAUGCAGCAGCAACUAAUACCCUGACAAAGAAUAGAAAGGCUCUAGCACAAUCAACGAGGUAUAAUCGAAUGGAAAUCAAAGAUUCAGCUUUGGAAUUGAAGAAAACCAAAACAAUGCUCCUAGAUGACGUAGAUGUUGAAAAUCGCAAUUGGGAUCCUACUACUAAUUAUAAUAGUAUCCCGGUAAAUCAUGGGGUUGACAAGUCUCAACUAUAUAAACAAGUUGGGUUUUCCACCAAUGGGAAUGUUAAGCUUCCUACAUCAAGGGUGACCACAAUUGUACCACCAACACCAGUGAAAAAAAUGGAUUAUAAACUUGUUACUGAAGCGUUUAGUGUUUCACUGAAUCAACCGCUGCCUCAUGUGUAUGAUGCUCUACACGCAGAUGAUUUCGGAAGGAAAAAAUCCAUAAAAAAGUUGAUGGAAAGUUGGAAGAAGUCAUUAGCUGCACAUCAUUACUCCAAAAUAUCAGUUGCUGAGCAUAAAUUCAGCUCAGGGUCAUCUCAAAAUUCAUCAAAAGAGUCGAUGACCAAUUCUAUACAUGCUGUGAGCGAACGGGAUAUUGGGAAUCGUAUAGAUGUUUUAAGUGCACGAAUCGUGGACGAGUUGGAAUAUUUUAUUCGGUAUUAUAUUGAUGAUUCAAAAGCAAACAGUGUCAUACAUGAAGUAGAUGGUCGAUAUAUUGAAGGUGAAGGUGAAGGUGACUCCAACGACAAAUUUCUUGACGUUAGAGAGGAGGUGCAGGCAGCAGAGGAAAAUCAAGACGAUAACAACGAGUUGAAGCUGAUUGCACUCACAUCCGCUAGAAACAGUAAAGAAAAUGAAAGUGAUGUGGAUAUAAAUGAUUUGUCAGAGUUGAAUAUUCUAAAAAUUGACAAUCUUAUUAAUGAUGAGGAGAAUGGUGCUGUACAAACUAUGAUGGUUUUGAGUAAUAGCACUCCCCAUGACUAUGACAACGACAGCAAUGACAGCAAUGACGACAACAACGACAACGACAACAAUGACAACAAUGACAACAAUGACAACAAUGACAAUGACAACGACGAAAUGUAUUCAUCUGGUCCAUCUUUUCAAAAACCAACGAGUCUCAAUUGGAAUGAUGAAGAAGUUGUUGAUUUGGAGGUGUCCGCUGAGAAGGAAGAAAUCAAACUGGAAGAAGAUAAUGAUGAAUUUGACUUUACUAUUGGGUCCAAAGGCAAGUCAAGAGCAUGUUCCGCAGUGUACCAUGAACCCAAUAUACAUUUCUACCAGUCAAUUCACUCUUUUGAGACUUCCAGUAUAUCCACACCAAGUAAUUUCACUCAAUACGAUGCUGAGAUUGCCGAGUUGGGUAUAGCUGUAAGUCCUCAGCUGGAGAAACCAAAACGAAUAAGCUUUUGCGAGACUAAAAAUAACAACAACAAUAAUAAUAACAGUGUGAUCAACAAUAGGAAAGUAUCAAUUUUGUCUAGAAACUCCACCGGAUCUGCUAAUAUACGAGACUCGGUGAAAUCGUAUUUGAGUUAUGAUUCUGCACUUUCCAUUACAAACGAUAGCAUUUUGAUGAGAAGCUCAAACAUUGAAGGAAAUGGAUUGAGGAAGAAAUUCGGGUUUAAUAACUUGCGUACGGCAAUUAAUGAAAAUGAACUAGAAAGUGCAAUUGUGCUAAAGUCAUCACAAAUAUCACGCAACACUUCAAGGAGUUCGAGGAAAAGUGUACGGUUCAGCAACUUGUGUGCUUUGACUCAGUUGCCAUUUAACGAAUUUGAGUUGCAAAGUGAAGAAAAGAAACGACAUAAAAAAACAUCUUCAGUUGAUCUUUGUACUAGUUCGAUAUUUUCAGUUACUGGGAGAAGCAGGAUGAGCUCAAAGGGGAACGCAAAUAAGGAAUCAACCCAAAGCACUGUUUUUACUGGAUCUUCAGACAAUUCAGUGGCAAUUCCUGGAAUCAGUAAUUAUGCGCUCAAGGAGUUGGCAGCUAUACCUGAUGAAUCAAUGCAAUCUACGGAUGAUCCAAUUGAGUUUGCACUAAGUAAAUUAGAAGGGAACAGAACAUUGUCGAAACUGAGCUUACCAAAAGGUGAUAAUGUGGAGGAGGAGGAGGAGGAGGAGGAGGAGGGCAAGGGAGAAGGAGGAGAGGAAGUCAACUCCACUGAGGAUAUAUUAAACCAAAUUCACAAUGUACAUACGGAGGAUGCUAUUGGAGGUUCUACAUUCAAUAUCACUGAUGAAGAAGAGCCUUUAACUCCGAUUAAUUCACCAAAGAACUUAAUUUUGGAAGAGGCCCCUUCUAAUCAUUCAAUGUCUACACCCCAACAAGAUCUCAAUAUUGAAGUCUUUGACUUUCAAGAACCAAAUAAGGUGAAUGUUGAUUCUCCCCAAACAAGCUCGUACCAGUCACCCAAGAUAAUUUUGGAUAGUUAUGCACCAUCAAGCAAUUUCUUAUCGGUACAGAAUGUCAUGAAUGAACAUACACACAUUUCAUUUCUAUUGUCAUUUGACUCGAAAUCUUUAGCAGAUCAUUUUACUAUUAUUGAGAAAGAUAUGCUUAUGGAAAUAGAUUGGAAAGAUUUAAUUGAAUUGAAAUGGAAUAAAGAAUUAACUCCAGUAAAUAGUUGGCUUGAGAUUAUUGUUAAUGACACUUAUUACAUGAAAAACAAAGGUGUUAACUUGGUCAUUGCUAGAUUCAAUUUGAUGGUAAACUGGAUAAUUUCUGAAAUCCUACUAAGUCAAAAUCAAAAUGAACGAAUCAGCAUUAUUUCUCGAUUCAUACACAUUGCGCAAAACUGUUUAAUUUUACAAAAUUACGCUACAUUGGUGCAAAUCAUUUUAGCGUUAACUUCACAAAGAGUUCAAUGUUUCAAAAACACAUGGAGGAAUUUGUCACCGGGGGAUAUAUUGAUGUUAAAAAACCUCGAGGAAUUGUCAUCACCGUUGAAGAAUUUCUUAAACAUUAGAUUGUCAAUUAACCAAAUCAAACCUUCAAAGGGAUGCAUCCCGUUUGUUGGAUUAUACUUGUCUGACUUGACGUUUAAUGCCGAGCGUCCUAAUCUUAUCAAAAGAAACAACAAGAAUAAUAAUGCAAUUGAAGAAAGUGAAGAAAUGAUUAAUUUUUCGAAAUUCAGAACAUCCGUUCAUAUAGUCAAGUCUUUAUCGCAAUGUAUUGAAUGGUCAAGUAAUUAUUCAAUUGAUGUACUGCCUGACCUAUUAUCGAAAUGUCUUUACAUAAAAUCAUUAGAUGAAGAAGAAAUGAAUUUCUGUAUACUGAAAAUUCAAGAUUGA